GCGGGCAUCGAGUCAACUGGCGGGACAGCGGGCACCGAGUCGUCUGGCAAGACUGCGGGCACCAAGUCGUCUGGCAUUGGAUCGUCUGGCUCGACAGCGGGCAUCGGGUCACCAGGUAUGACAGCGGGCACUGGGUCACCAGGCAUCAGGUCAUUUGGCUCGCCAGCGGGCACCGCGUCAUCUGGCAAGGCAGUGGGCACCGAGUCACCAGGUAGGACAGCGGGCUCUGAGUCAAUUGGCACGACAGCGGGCACCGGAUCAGGUACCGGAUCAUCUGGAUCAACAGCAGGCAUCGAGUCAACUGGCCUAAUAGGAUCAUCAGGCUGGAUCAGUUCAUUAUGCUGGGUAGAGGCAUCCGCUGAAUAGAGGCAUCCGGCUGAGUAGAGGCUUCAAGCUGAGUAGAGGCUUCAGGCUGAGUAGAGGCUUCAGGCUGAGUACAGGCAUCAGGCUGAGUAGAGGUUAAAGGCAGGAUAGGUGCAGCGAGUGGGAACAGGGUACUGACAUGCGGUAGAUAGCAGGGCAGGAGGAGCU